GCUGGGCAACUAUUAUUUUUCUUUUUGGGAUUAAUUUGUUUUAAACCAUCCCAAGACAUCUAAGUAUGGGAUGGUCUAGAAAAGUUUUAAAUAAAUAAAUCCCAGUUCAGCAUUCUAACCACCAGGCCACCUUCCUUCUCAUAUCAUGGCUACUUACAUGGGCCACGGAUAUCGCUAAGAAGCACAGGGUGUUUGUACAGCGCGUUUGGUGCAGGAGACCAGCUGCCCAGUGCAGAGGCAGAGAUGAGCCAGGCUGGAACUGUGACCGGUCGUGGUGUGCCAGGGCAAUUCCUUCUGCCUGGGAGUUUGGGGAACAAAUGCCUCUUCCCAUUUCAUGCCCUCCGUAUGGUGUUCUUGGGCUCCCGUCAUGCAUGCAUUCAUGGCAAGGGUGUUAACUAUUUCUCAGCCUGAGGGUGAAAUCCACUGCGUUCCAGUGGUGGCUGCAGCAAGAGUGGCAAGGCAAAAAUAGCAGUGUAUUUGGGCUCUUUUCACCAGUAGCAGAAGCCUUGGGAAAGACGUGCUCAUCCCUUUAUAGGGGAGAGGGGAGACACGAAAGCUGGGAACCUGCAAACCUGACCAGAGGCGAGGCCCUGGGAAAGGGUGUGGCCACCGAGUGAGCCCCGGAAGGGGUUUGGGACCCAAGCGGGCUGAAUUUGGCCCCUGGGGCUGGCGUUCUGCACCCUGCUUCGUGAACACUGGGUCCUCACCCGUUCCGCUCUAUGGCGAGCAGAGUAGUCCUUAAGUCACACUAGAUGCGGCAAAGGAUGCAAGGGAAACACUUGGUGAAAAGCUCCCACCUCCUUCCCACAGUCACCUCCACAACUAUUACAUCUCCAAAACAGCUCCUUUGGUCUUGGUGCUCAGAAAAUCAGGUAAAAAUGCCUAAGAAUAUUGUGGAUUGUACGGGAGCCCAGUGUGGUCACUGGCAAGAUACGGGAGUUCAUUGCUUGCUCCAGCCCUUCCCCUAGUGGGUGUCUCCUGGUUCUACACUUCUGCUUCUUUCUGGUUGUAUUAUUCCCUGCUGAGGGAGGUCCUUUCCCUCUCUCUCUCUCUCUCUCUCUCUCCCUCUCCCUCUCCCUCUCCCUCUCCCUCUCCCUCUCCCUCUGUCUCUGUCUCUGUCUCUGUCUCUGUCACUGCAAACUGCACUGGGCAUACAUCAGAGCGCUUCCGGUUUUGGGCAAGACAGAGGAACAGGGAAGUACAAGAGUGCUUGCGCUUCCUCUCCUUCUGAAGCAGCCGGUGCGGCUUUUUCUUGCUGGCAGCCAAGGAGGAGAUGAAGGUGCUUCUCAGCUGCAACACUACUGUGUUCAGACUGCAGAGGAGGAUCUCUAAAUGCAGGGUUUCCUUCUUGCAAAACAUUCCCUGUAUAGAGACAACAAGUUCUCAGGGAGAAGCCUUCUCCCUGACAUGCUAGCUUUCUGUGUGCAGGGAUCUUUUAUUUAUCUGCCUUCAUAUGCAGGAAAUUCAGUCAUGUGAUCCCCCACUAACAUUCUGUCCAGAAAAUGAGGCCCAACUUCUCAACAUGCCAGUUUGGAGGUGUGGAAGGGAGAGUCAGUUAAGAGUUGGUAUACAGUUUCGUUAUAAACACAGAAAUUCUCUGACAUGUUACUAUCAGAAAGAAACUUGCUUGUGGAUGCAAGAACAUAACGCUACCCACAAGCUCUCACUUUUAUUUCAAAACUUUCAAAGAGCAUAAUGUAAAGCUGUUUCUUUGGAAAGAAAUUAAUGUUUAACUUCUUAUCUACAUGCCCAGUCUGUGCUCCCCUGCCUUGAUUCCAUGCGGUCCAAAAUCUUGGGUGCUGAUUAUGGAUUGCGGGAGCAAUGUUGAUUAAAAACAAACAUCUAACAAUAAUUCAUUGUUUAACGAGGUAAUGGGUCGCGUGCCUGUGGCUGGGUGUCCUGUACACAUUUUGUGCGGUGCAUGUUUUGGAAAAGCCAGGGCACAAAGGCUGUGCAUGUGAAGACAGCUGAGUAACAUAAUGUGUGCUUUACUGGGUAACACCCUGAGAUAUUAGCUAUUCUACCAGCUCUACAAAGGUUUUUCUUGGUUGCAAAAGAGCUGGGCUGCAGCAUUUUCAGGAAUCUCUUGCAAUCCAUGUCAGCAAAGCAAAUGUUACUAGCUUCAAAAUUGUCCCCAUGGACCUGUGAAGACAUAUGCGUGCAAAGUUGCUUAUUCUGGGCAGGGUUUUGAGUAGCUUUUUCUCUAUGCAGGCUGAAACCAUUGGGAGCCACUGCUGCUCAGGGGGAGAGAAUGACUAGAUUGUAAUCCCCACUAUUUGAACAGGGCUGGGAAGAUUUUUGAAAAAUUCUCCUUUAGCCAUCUGGGUUGUGAAUAUGGAAAGAUGGUUAACAGCUGCUGUCUCUCCCAUAUUUGUUUUUAUGCUUUCCUUUGAUCAAGACUUUGUUUAUUCUGGGUUUAUUGUUAGCCACCUUAAUUAUUUUAUUUGCUGCAUUUGCACACUACUCCAUAUCUAGGCGUGGUAAACAGGAAAAAUCUAAAAACAGAUAAACGAAUAAAAACAACACAUUCAAACAAGGUAGGAUUAAAACCAUGGCUGGUCCGUGGAAAGGACUUCCCAGAACGAAGAGGUCUUCUUCAGAUGCCCAAAGCAACACACUGGUGUUGUCUACCUGACUUUCCAGGGAAGGGAACUCCAUAGAAAGGGGGCCACCCCACUGAAGGAUCUUCUCUUGGUGGCGCAUGUGUGGAAUCACCAGGACAAUGUCCUUUAAUGGCUUCCAUGAUGGGGAAGGUCCAUAAGGGAAUAGGCACUCGUUCAGGUAUCUGGACCCAAGUGGUUCAGGGCUUCGACCGUUAGUGCUGAAACCCGAAAUCUGGCUGGUAAUGAAUAGGCAGGCAGUGCAGUUAGUUGCCCUGACGAAGGAGGUGCGGGCUGCAAAGAGGCUGCCCCAGCGGUUGUCUUCUGCACCAGCUCCGGCUCCCAGAACAGCCCCGCAAAGCGCAUCUCGCCGUAAUCCAGUCUUAAGGCUGCUGGAGGCUGUAUCGCUUUGGCCAGCCCCUCCCUGUCAGGAGCAACCGCAGCUAGUGUUCCCACUGGAGGUAAGGAAAGGUGCUCCCUGCGGUCACCAUUGCCAGGGGCUCCAAGUGGUGGAGCCAAGAAUACACCCAGACUGAGCGUCUCCUCUUGCAGAGGGAGCUGACCCCAUCCAGAACAGGAAAUGAGCCUCGCUCCUCGACUUGGGAGCCACUCCUCCACAGACCUUUGUCGCGCCAGGAUUCCACUUCAGCUUGUUGGCCCUCAUCCAGCCCAGGGCUGAGUCCAGACACUGUUCUAUGACUUGCAGUCUCUCUGAUUCAGUUGUCACUGCGAGGGAGAUAGAGCUGAGCAUCAUCAGUGUACCCAUAGCACUUGGCUCAGUAUCCCUGAGGACUACUCCCAGUGGCUUCGCAUGGAUGCUCGAUAGCUCUGGAACAGGGUGGUACCAUCCAGAAGCCCACAGCUCAAUUGGGUGGCUAUUUUUGGGGCACUGGUGAUCCCAUUCUCGAACAUGGACCUCACGGGGAAGACUGGGACGUAUGAAGAUGUCUUACACAGAGAUAGCCCAUGGGUCUGCUUUCUCCAGUCUCCCCCAACCUGGGGCCCUCCAGAAGUGUGAGAUUACAACACCCAUCCUCCCCAGCAGGCAUGGCCAGUGCCUGCGCUCUACGAUAAGCUACUUUCCCCUUCUUCGCAGCUUUAAGUUUGCUGACCUGUAGUCACCAUGAGCACCUGCAGACAUAAAGUCCUGAAAAAGUGGGUGAGAUGGUCCAGAGGGGACUCUAAGAGGAAGGGAACAAUUGCCCUGUGGCUUCCAGAACAUCUUUCUUUCAGCAAACAUCCACAUUAUUGUUGUAAAACUGGAGAAUGGAAUGAAGACAAGCCCCAGGAAGUCACUGUUAAAGUAACUUUGUCAGCUGGUAACAGUAUAAUGCAAUGAUCCCAUUACUUUUGCAUGUGGGGCACUCUGGCAGAUGUGCCAACACACCCGCUGUGUCUACCACAUGUGUUGGCAGAUACACUAGGCUGGACGUCCUUGCAAUCUGCUUCAGCUUUUCCAGCCCGCUGUCCCAUCUUGCAUCCUUCAAAUUAGCAGGGAUUUGAGAAGCAGCAACUUGGAGAGGCUAAUCUGCCAGGCUCCACAUUAUUGUAAUCCUGGACUGCAUUUUAGAUACAGCCAAAAGCUUCUGUAAUCCUUAAAAUACCCUUUCGCUCCCUUGAUUGUGUUUUUAGCAAGUUGUUCGGCCAAGGAAAGCUGUUUCGCUAGCUAACUUCUCCUUCUGUAACUUGUUUUAAGAAGCACUUUUUUGGCCACCCCUCCCCACACUUCCCUGUUAAUCACUUUGGUUUCAUGCCCCAUGGAAAAACUGUCUUCAUUGCAAGAUUCAGUGGACACUUCUUUUCACCCAGGUUUUCUCUCCAGUCUUAUGUUGCAGGAAAUAUUUUUAAUUAGUAGGUUUGAAGAAACACCUCCUAAAUACUAAAAGAGAGAAAGCGUGAGAUUGAGAGAGAACGAAAAGGACAAAAACUUACAGAAGUAUAAAAUGGAUGUCUUUUCUGAAAGGUGAUUUGUGGUUUGCAGAUAUAUAUGGAAAAUGAAUCCGUGCUCUUUCCAUGUCAUAUUCCUGAGACCUGAAUAGGGCUGUCCAUAUUUCAUCCAGAUAAUGUAUAACGUACAUCAAUGACAUCACUGGUCAGCUGACUGGCUGGCAUUUGCCUGUGGUCAGCUGACUGCAGUCAAUACUGACAAAGAUUCCAUGUGGUCAAGAAUGCUUAGUGCUGUAAUGCCUAAAGUGCAUGCCAGAAGAAAUUGAUUCUGCAGGUGGGAACUACAACAAAAUGUUGCAGUAUGAGAAGUGCUUCUCUCCUUUGUUCUGGCCAGCUAAACAUUCCCCCUCCCUUUGGUUUUCUGUCCUCCCCACACCUCCGAUCCAGUCAACAGUCAUGCCCACUGAUCAUGCUUAGUCUUAAUUGCGCUCCAGUGUGUGUGUGUUUCCCCUUUAAGGUUCCCUCCACCAAAGAUUCUUCGUAUUUCUGUAAACCUAUAUGAACACUGGAAAUAGAGGACAUGAGAAUUAAUAGCUCGUGUGAACACAAAAAAGUAAUUAUCCAGUAGUUAUCCCCAGUCGUUGACCUGGUUCAUGCAACACCACAAGCCAUGAUUUGAGUGCAGCUUGUUGUUGAACCAUGGGUUCUGGUGUUGUGUGAACCCAACUGUGCCAACAAACCAUGGUCUGUUAAUCACAAACAUCCCACACUUCACAACCCGAUGGAUUUUCUUUGUGGGUUGUUUGCGCUUGACAAGCCCUGGUUUGUUAGCGUGACUAGGUUCGGACAACGCAACAAACUAUGAUUCAACAAGAACUCGUGAUUCAGUGACAACCCAUACAGAGCCAGUACUCUGGCUUACUGUGUUGUGUGAAUCAAAACUUCGUGAGAUUUACUGCACUGGCCUUACUUCUACUGGUGGAGGACUGUGUGUGUGGGUGUGCGUUGGCAUGCGUGUGUGUGCUGUAAUAAACUUCCCAAAGAGCUUCAGCUGUGGGGCAGGGUAGAAAUGAAAUAAAUAAUCUUAACUAGAAUGAGUCUUUGCUUUGGGUACGGUGAGAUAAUCUACCCUUAGAAGAGGCGUAGAUUUUUGUCUGUCUUUCCUUCCUCCAAUCACCUCCAGAACUUCUGAGGGUGUGGAACCCUCUACCAGCCUUCCCUAAUCUGGAUUCAUGCAGAUUGUUCGGCACUCAAGGCCCAUCAGCCCCCACCAACGUGCCCAAACUUUGGGGAUAAUGAGAGAUACCAGCUGAAAUUCUGGAGAGAAACCAGCACUGGAAAAGGCCUGUUAAAGUCUGUUUGGCAUUGACAUGCAAACAUGAUGAUUUAACAUCACUCAGCAAUAAAAUCCCAACAGGAGCAAGUAGUUUUUAUGCCCCUCUAAAGCAAGAUAAAGUUGAAUCCAAUUUCACAUUUCUUGGGGAUGGGAAGAGUUCUGCACUAUAUCACCCAACUCCUGUUGAGUCCCCUCUCCUUCUCCAGUCUUUUGCUAACCCCCUCCAGGUGCUGUUAGUGUUGGACAGACACUCGCCCUCUUUGGAGGCAGAAUGUGCUCUCUGUGACGGCCAGCGGAGACCCCAGGCAGACGGUUCUCUUUGAUACCAUCUGCUGGACAAAACUGUCCACAAGACAGGAAUCCACACCUGGAGACCUGUGUUCACCAUGUUUGCCCUACCAGCUCUUCUCUUUCUCCUCUGGACCGCAAAGGGCGUUCUCCCCUCUCGUACCUAUGGGAAGCCAACCUGGCCAGCUUACAAUGUCCCAGUUGUGUUGCCACAAUUAACUAUUAAUUUGGACAAGCCACAGUUCGAUGCCAAAGCAAGGCUGGAAGUGGUGUCCCCAUGUGGCCCAUCUUGCCACAAGCAUAUCCCACUACCAACUUACGAAGAGGUGAAAGACUACCUGUCCUAUGAGACGUUGUACUCCAAUGGUUCUCGCACUGAGACUGAAGUUGGCAUAUACAUCGUUACUGGAGGCAAUUCAGGGGCAAAGAGCCGAUCUCGGACAAAGAGGCAAAUCUAUGGUUAUGACACCAGGUUUAGUAUUUUUGGCAAGGACUUCUUGCUCAACUACCCUUUUUCCACUUCUGUGAAGUUGUCCACAGGUUGCACAGGGACGCUGGUGGCUGAAAAGCAUGUCUUAACAGCAGCUCACUGCAUCCAUGAUGGCAAGAGUUACGUCAAGGGAGCCAAGAAGCUACGGGUGGGAUUCCUGAGGUCCAGGCUGAAAGACGGCAGCAAGGGGGCAAACAUCAGUAGCUCUUCAGAGCCAGAGAAGAUGAAAUUCCAGUGGAUCCGAGUGAAACGGACACACGUUCCCAAAGGAUGGAUCAAAGGGAAUGCGAAUGACAUUGGUAUGGAUUAUGACUAUGCUCUGUUGGAGCUCAAGAAACCUCACAAGCGAAAAUUCAUGAAAAUAGGUGUGAGUCCGCUAGCACGGCAGCUGCCCGGUGGGAGGAUCCAUUUCUCAGGCUAUGACAACGAUCGGCCAGGAAAUCUGGUGUACCGCUUCUGCGAUGUCAAAGAUGAAACCUACGAUCUCUUGUAUCAGCAGUGCGACGCUCAGCCCGGGGCCAGUGGUUCCGGUGUCUAUGUGCGGAUGUGGAAGAGACAGAACCAUAAAUGGGAACGUAAAAUUAUUGGGAUAUUUUCUGGGCAUCAGUGGGUUGACACCAAUGGUUCUCCCCAGGAUUUCAAUGUGGCUGUUCGCAUCACACCCCUCAAAUAUGCACAGAUCUGUUACUGGAUCACGGGCAACUAUCAAGACUGCCGGGAUGGGUAAAGAUGAUGAACAAGAUAGUCAGGGUCCACAAUUUUAUAAUUACCUGGGUGCAGGAAUGGAUGGGGAGGUUGGCCAAUUUGCGAAGGUAAUUCAUGUUAGAUAAUAAGCACAGCUUUGUAUUUGGCAAAGAUGGCCAGGCUGGCCCUCCACACUCGGGAGCGCUGGAAGGCACUUCUCGCCCUGCCCUUGCUCCAUAACUCGACUUCACCUGUUAGCUUCUCUGUGCCCAUCUUAUGGCAUGGCCUUCCUCCUUUUGUCUGUCUCUCCGUGGCGGAGAGUUGAAGCGGCACAGGAUGUCUGCAUUUGACUGUUGCAACCUGCCCUGGGGUGGAUCAGCACCUGUCCAUGUUCCGUGCUGGUAGGCUAGCCCUCCAGUCAGUCGUGAAGCAUGGUGCUGGUAAGGGGUGUUGGUGCGGAAUUCUUCCAUGCAACAUCACUUCGCUUGACUGGUGACCUGUGCAACCUGCCCUGGGGUGGAUCAGGACCCCUUGGUGCCCAAUGCUGAUUGGCUAGCCCUCAUAUCAAUCAUAAAACAGUGUUGGUAGGGUGUGCACCAUAGUAAGGAUGGCUAUGUGAGAUCCCUGCAUGCUACUUUUCACCUCUGGACUGGUGCAUACUUUCUUGUAGUCCCAUGUAAAUCAAGAGAGGGCAGGGCGUGUUUUCAUCCUGCUGUGUCUGCUUUUAGCAGCAAGAAUAGAAAAGAAGAAAAACCUUCAACUGCUGCUCCUGUGUAGGAGAUAAUGGGAGAGCUACCACUCCUGAAUGCUUGCAGUGAGUUGAGUUCAAGCUGAAGAAGUACUUUCACCUAAAACCUUUCUGGCUUCUGGUUCAAGAAGCUAUUACAUUCAGAGCUCAGUGUGCGUCAUGAUUCUAGGAAUGUAGAUUAAGUGCAGAACAUCGUAUUAGCUGCAGGAAUUUAGUCUCCUAACAAUCUCAGGGUAAUUUUAGCAGUGGGUCCAUCACAGAAACGCAGACACUAAAUUCUGGUCCUACGUACAGCCUUCGGCUCUUCUUCUGGACCGAGCUCAAGGGAAACCUCUUCUUGUGGUUUGCAGCCGAAGCCAGUCUUGUGCGGUGCUGACUGGCAACCACACAGCCAUUUUGCCACUUAUUGGAGCAAGGCUGUGCAAGGUGCAGAUUGGCUUGUCCUUGUCUUAGUAACACCUUGUUCCAGUCUAAAAAUAGAUUUUCUAAGGUAAAAUAUGCCUUCAAAUGUGUUUAAAACGUUUGUUAAAAGUGAAACAUAACCGCAAACAAAGCCUUCCUAAAGUGUGAGAGAGGUAAAAAGAGGAAGGGACACGUGGGAUGCAAUCCAGGCAGCUGUUGUUCAUGUGGUGGAAAAAUCCACACUUCCUGUCUGUAUACGAGGUAUAACCUCAGCAGGCAUUUCAAAAACAAAGCAAGUUUCCAGUCCUUGUGGAUGCAGGCGUAUGUUGGAAAGCGACAUUUCAGGACGGAAAGAAGCCCAGGGGUUAGAGAGAGGCUUCAGAGCUCUGCAUUGCUUGCUUUUCCUCCCCAGAAUAGAAUAAUGCAUUGAGCAAUUAAGGGAAAAGUGUAUUUUGCUUAAUUAUGCAGAUGGCAGAAUUCGGCUUCUGGGUCCAAAUUCCCCAUCUGGCCCUUCAUGCUUCCUCAUCCUGGUCCCAACUCCUUUGCCUCAACAGCUGAUACUUUGGUCAUUUCCCAGCUUUUCUGCAGGUUUUUCCCCCCAUUCAGAAAACUUUAUUCCUGGCUUAGUUCUUGGCACUAAGAAAUUUAAGCUGAAAUAGGAUGGCGGUUAAGGUCCCUGCUUUUACUUUUGGUCCAUCCAACACUGAAAUGCAACCCCUGCUGACUUCUCAGAAACGGACUUGGGCCUUCAGAAAAAGAAUUGGACUGCACCCUUGCAGUUGUGAUUUCCAGGAGUACAUUUACCUGAGCUUAAACUGCCCCAGUGCUGUUUUCCAUGUGAGAAAUCCAUACAUGCAUCACCCCCUGCCCUCAUUCCUGUUUUUGUUGUGUGGUCUUCUCUUUCCUAACUUUUCCAGUGUUCCUUAACACCUGGAACACAGGCUAGAAUGUUACAAAAACAUCACAUUAGCAAUACAGAUGGGAAGUAGGUUUGAGAAGAAGAUGGCGAAGACCUGUCUGUCCAGAGUUUGGCGACCUGGUUUCACACUGUUCUUACAGAACACACGGUGCUCCUGAGAGGUCAACUCCUGUCUUGCUAUGCAACACUGGAAUGGUCAUUUUGCAUCAGGAAUGAAGUCCUUUGGGGAAGUCUCUGAAAUGGUCUGUUGUCCAUGACAAUGUCUUGUCUUUCCAGCUACCACUGGCUGGUUGAGCCUCCUUCAGUGCUUCACAAACAGAGAGUUUCUCUGAUGGAUUUUGCCCCUGUAACCAGUUCAGAUCAUGGUUUAGAGGAGUGGAGUUGGUUCCAUCUUCCAUCUGCUCAUUGCCCCAUGUUCUGUGGGACAGUGGUCCCUGGGAUUAGACUACAAUGGCAAUACAAGCUAGCGUAAACCUUGCUUUACAAGCAGGUCAGUCCAUGGUUUCUGAUUAUGCCUUGUGCUGAACUAUCACAAACCACGGUUUGCCAUGCUGUGUUAUGAAGGCUCAUCGUCUGAACUGAAUUAAAGCUCCUGGAAGACAAUGUUUCUCUUUCUGCCUUAGUGUCAUUCAAGGUGAUGGAGGAACUUGGAGUCUGAGACACUUUCUUGUCCCCCUGAAGCUUCCAAAGCUGGGCAUGAUGUGAGAAGCAAGACCCACAAUCCCUGAAUCCUCUUACGUACCAGCAGACUUGGCCAGGGGAGUGGUCUUUUCCGCUGUAUGGAAAACUGCGGCAAUGUAGAAGAGCUCGCCAAGCUUCCCAUCUAUGUGGGUCCCUAGGGAGGCCUCGGCACUCUGCAUAUUACAUGCCACGCUCUAUAGGUCUGGCAAACGAGACUGUGGACAAGAGUAAACAUAUACCAAGAGAUGCAGAUUUGCCUAUUGUUUAGAGGUUGCAGCAUUAAGCUUUCAUUCUUGCUGUGUGUGUGUGUGUGUGUGUGUGUGUGUGUGUGUGUGAGAGAGAGAGAGAGAGAGAGAGAGAGAGAGAGGUGCAGAAGAUGUCUGAGAACAUGGAGAUGCAGCACAGAACAGAGCCAGAAGGGCAGCUGUGUGCCCACGGGAUGUCCCAUGGAGCUGCAUUUUCUUGCCAGAGUGGACAAAACCCAAAUCAGCUGAAUUAGAAUCCGUCUGUGGAGCUCUUCCCCACCCUGUGCUUCAUAUGCAGAUUCAAAAAAAAAAAAAAAACCCUUUCCACCCUAUUGAAGUCUCUAGGGUAGUAAUUUGACUCUGGGAUGGUGCUUUAUGUUUUCUUUGCUUCCCCUUUGGAACACCACAACCACCUGGUGAUACACCAGGCAUAGCUUUUACACACCGUGGGAGCUGUUCUUUCCUGAUGCAUGUGUAGUUACUAAAGCUUUAAAGGGAUACGCAGAAAAUCCUUUUUGUGUGUUCGACCAAAAAAGAAAAAGCCCAAACGUCUGCCUCCCUUCGUUGUAGACACCUGAUUUGGGGGGGGGGGGGGUUGCUGGGGCGUGUCUAUUUUUGAAUGUAUCACCUUCAAUUGAGAGCGUAUAUGAAACUUUGGCACAGAGAAUCUUGUACAUACUUAGACGCAUUUGCCAGAAAUGGAAACAUUAAUUGUAAUUCUACUUCUUUUGUAAGGAUGUUAAAUACAACACAGUUUUAUCAGCC